AUGCGUAAAACUCACUUUCUGAGUUCUCCGUGUUUUCCGUCCGUAGGUUUGACCUGGGAAGAUGACGCCACUCAGCAGGUUCUGUCCAAGGAGCUGUCCAAACUGAGGAGGGUUCCCUACAGGCCUCAGCAGAAUGGAGCUGUGUACAACACCGACAGAAGGCCGGUAUCUGAGGCGAUGGACCCAGCAGAACAGAGGGUGAAGCCCGUGGAGGCGGAGCUCAGCAGGAAUCUGCAGACGUACCUCCAACGUCUCGGCCUCGUUCCGAAGACGUCGUCUGCCUCCAGUCUGAGCACCCAGGUCAAGGGCGACCGUUUCCAGUCCGGCAUCCCUGCGGACUUCUACCGCUCCGAGGCCCAGAUUAUGCCUCAGAAGUCGUCUCCCUCCGGCUUUUCCUCUCUUCCAUCUUUCUUACCUCUGCAGGAGCAGAGACCCCCAGACGAGCAGCUCCUCGUCACGCAGGCCGAGGGUGACCUUCUCCUGGGCGCCCUGAGGCAGUAUCUCUCCGCGCAUCGGUCCCUUUACGGUGGAAGGGUGAGCCCCGAGGAGCAGGAGGCCCCCUCGACCCGCCUGAGGCCCUUCUACAGCAGAGCAGAAAAUCCUGGGCUCAAAAAAGACACCUCAAAAUCCAGGCUUCUGAAGUUGGGGAGAACUCAAGGGGUUUCAGUCAAGGACCCUCUGACUUCUGUGGAUGAGAGGUUCAUCGAGAACGUUUUGAAGAGCGUCGGCAGGCACCACGUUGACGUGAACGGCCUGACGGCACAGGACUUGGGGCAGCUGUCCAGCCUCAUUGCUGAUGCCCUGCAGGUGGUGGACCAGGACCAGGGACUAAACAGGGGCAUAACCCGUGUCAGACCUGGACCGAGAGACCUGGGGGGAGAGGAAGAAGAAGAGGAUACUGCCAGGGAUGAGGAAGAGGAGAAGUUGCUGGAGAAUGCUCCAAAACUGAAACCACAGGAGAUCCCUCGUGUGGCGCCGGCAGCACUUCAAGAGCGCCACACGAAUACAGAGGAGCGUAACAUGAAGGACACGCCUGAGAGUGGAAUCCUCUUCUCCAAACUUCUCGCCUACCUGGACGAAAGCUCCUUCAGCAGCCCCCCCUCAGCGAGGAACCGCGACGUCGUCGCUGCGGAGACACCCAGAGGCCGACAGGCGGGGCUGGAGAACGUCCAGAGUCGGACCAGCGCGGCGGGGGUGACGGUGCAGAAGAAGGACGCCGCCCAGUCGGUGGAGGAGGUGUCGGAGGUGCGGGGCUGGAUCAAGGAGGUGGCUCCGCCUCCUGCUUCGCUCGUGUACGAGAAGCCGCACAAGAAGACGAUGCACGUUCCCGAACUUCAGCUGGACGUCAAAGCCGGCGGGAAGAAGGCAGACGAGGAUGUCUUCGGCUACGUCAUCACCGACACAGAUGGACUCCAGACAGACGAAGGCCUCCACCUGAUGGAGAUCCUGGCUCGCAGGGCUAAAAUCCAGAUGACCGACUUCGCCGAGCUCUCCGUGGUGGGCCCUGCUGUGACCUUCAAAGUGAGCCCGAACACUCACAACGUCAGCACUGCAGAUGUGGCCAACGUGGCAGUUCAGCAGAAAGAAUCUCUGGAGGACGAAGCAAAGCUCAGCAUUCUGGAGGCCGGGGUCACCGACGGAAGCCAGAUCGACCAGAUCCCCACCAAGUACAGCCAGGCGGAGUCGACCAAGUUCCUGGUCCUCACCGUCGUGUCCAUCCUGUGCAUCGUCGGCGUGCUGCUGGCCUCCACCGUGGUCUACUGCCUCCGCCACCGCUCCCACCACAAGCUCAAACAGAAGCUCACCAAUCUGGGGACAGAUACUGGCAGCGAUGCUACCGCCACCUAUCAGGAGCUCUGUCGGCAGCGCAUGGCGGUCAAACCUCCGUCCGAGCGUCCGGAGCCCAUGUCCUCCCGGAUCAACAGCGUGUCGUCUCAGUUCAGCGACGGCGGUCCGGCCGUGAGCCCCUCGGCGCGGAGCAGCAUCUCCUCCUGGAGCGAGGAGCCCGCCCACUCCAACAUGGACAUCUCCACCGGUCACAUGAUCCUGUCCUACAUGGAGGAUCACAUGAAGAACAAGGACCGCCUGGAGAAGGAGUGGGAGGCGCUGUGCGCCUAUCAGGCCGAGCCCAACGCCUGCACCGUCGGCCUGAAGGACGGCAACGCCAAGAAGAACCGCUCUGCUGCUGUGGUGGCAUAUGAUCACUCCAGAAUCACCUUGAAGGUGGAGUACAGCCAAGGCAACUCUGAUUACAUCAAUGCCAGCCCGAUUAUGGAUCACGAUCCCAGGAACCCAGCCUACAUCGCCACUCAAGGCCCUCUGCCCUCCACCGUGGCUGAUUUCUGGCAGAUGGUGUGGGAGAACGGCUGCGUGGUCAUCGUUAUGCUGACGCCUCUGGUCGAGAGCGGGGUGAAGCAGUGCUACCACUACUGGCCCGAUGAGGGAUCCAACCUGUAUCACAUCUACGAGGUAAACCUGGUGUCCGAGCACAUCUGGUGCGACGAUUUCCUGGUUCGUAGCUUCUAUCUGAAGAACAUGCAGACCAACGAGACGCGAACCGUCACUCAGUUCCACUUCCUGACCUGGCUCAACCAGAACGUCCCGGAGACCAGCCGGACGCUCCUCGACUUCCGCAGAAAAGUUAACAAGUGCUACCGGGGACGCUCGUGUCCUAUCAUAGUCCACUGCAGUGAUGGUGCUGGAAGAAGUGGGACCUACGUCCUGAUCGACAUGGUCCUCAACAAGAUGGCUAAAGGUGCUAAGGAGAUUGAUAUUGCAGCGACUCUGGAGCACCUGCGGGAUCAGAGGCCGGGAAUGGUUCAGACCAAGGAUCAAUUCGAGUUUGCGCUGACGGCCGUCGCGGAGGAGGUGAACGCCAUUCUGAAAGCUCUUCCGCAGUAGGAGCGGGAGCGCCUCCUUCUGACGGACCCCCUUCCGCUUCUUCUUCUUCCGCCUCAUUUAGAGGACCGUCCUUGAUCAUUUUCCUUCUUCCACACCCGCCUCUGUUCGCUUCCUUGUUUCCGUCUCCUCUUUGUCCUCUCUCGUUUCAUCUCCCUUCUCUUCCGUCGGUCCGGUCGUUAUUUAUUUUGUCUCGUCCUUCCUGUCCUCAGCUCUUCUAGCCUCCUUUCACGUCGUGUCGUUGCUUCUCCUGUAUAACUUUACCCGCCCUGUCCUUUUUUUAUUUCCUCCUGUCCUCUCCCUUCAUUCCCUCUUGUCUCCUCUCCUCUUACCUCCUUCUUUCCUUUCUCCUCCUCUCCGUCCAUCUUAGUAAACAUUGUGUUUACCGUUGAACCGAUCCUGUACAUAGAUAGACCUUCCUUCUAUUGUAACGACCCAUGCAGCCCGUUUUCCAAAGUGACAUUUAAAAAACACAUUUUCAUAGAUUGAUAAAAGAAAAUGUUUUUCUGUCGUAUAUUAAUCAUAGUUUCUGUUUGACUUGGUCUUUGUUAUGAGUGUCUGUAUCACUGUUUGUGUCUGAUUUUUAGAGCCAUGCUUUCUGAUAUGUUAGGUGCAACUCGUCAAUUUCUUUUUCUCAAGAGUUGGUGAUUAAAAACUGCUGAUAGGGCGUUGUUUCCAAAAUGUGUGGCAACUCUAUUAAACGUCUGCAAUUUUCCACUUAUUGUGAGAGAAAAAACACACACGCCGGUACUGGAUGUGAGGUGAAAUAACAUGGAUAUAUAUAUAUAUAUAUUUAUUUAUUUUUUUCAAUGUGAAUUCUCAUUAUUCCAGUAGAAGCAAUAUUGUGUUUCCUCGGCCCGAAUCGUUCUCUCUGGUGGACGAGCAGUGAGUGUGGCUCGUCGGUGAAGUCACACUCGCAGCAGAUGGACUCGUAAAUGUGUCCGGCCACGUGGAACCGAGGCUGGUGUGUGCAACGCUUCAUUUUAAAUACGGCCUCAUUCCAGCGGGUUGACCUGUGGACUAAAGGUCGGCCGUGCUGUUGCCUCGUUAAAAUCCCAAACACCGAAGAGCACGCGCUUUUUAAUAACCGGCCGGCAGGAAGUUACCUUCACUCCAGAGCUUUGUGAGAAUCUUCGAAUCAGUUCAGCGAGACAUUAUUGAUCCGAUCGCUGGAAUGAAGCCGUUAUAAAACGCAGUGUUUCCGACCAGUACUUUCACGAUGAAAGACGAGAGUCUUGCUUCUGAAUAGCAGUUCUUCUAUGUAGCAUUAAUGGAUGAUUUGUACAUGUACAGUAGCUGAACCUGUAUUGCAUUUAAAACUAGUUUGCGGUGACACUCGUCAGCUGGUUUUUCCCAAAAAGCAUCUUUGUUCUGUUGUAAAUAAAAAGGAACGUGAUUGUUUUUGCAUGUUUCAGCCCAUUUACUUCAAACCGCUCGUACUUUAAACCGCCGCUAACCGAAUCAUCCUCCCGUGUUCCUCACUUUUUUGAACGUACAAUAUUUCAGCAGCAAUUUAUCCCCAUUCAUAAAUGUCAAGGAUAGAAAUCUCUUUGUAGAUGAAUUAUUGUUAGAACAUAAUGUUGAGCAAACUCAACUUAAAACCUCAUGACCACGCAGAAAAUAAUUUAAACUCUAAUUAUAUGUAGAAGGUUUAAAGAGUCAUAUUGUAUGGAAAUGAGUGGAAGCCAAUGGCUGCCUAUAGAAAGCCGACAACAUUAAUUAAAAAUAUACAUUCUUUGUAUUUAAGGGGAGAAAAACACCAGCGUGGUGCUUUAAGAUGCGAUCGCUCCUACCGUCUCUAUCCAUUGGUGCUUUUAUUUAAGGUUCACGGCGCUCCGUUAAAGGCCUCCAUCAGCUUGUGAACAAAAGUCCCGUUAUUCAUAAGUAGGCUGUACAGUUGCACAGUUCUAGUAACCUUUCAAACAGGAGCAGCAACCCAGAGAUCACUUAGUUUUUCUUGGCUUUUCAAACACGAAGGACUCCCUGGGUGUUGGGCAAAGAGAUGGUUUUACCCAUAAUCCCCUGCGUGUGUGGGCCAAGAGAACUAUUACUACUCAUAAAACAAUUAGGUUUUGGGAUGAGUGAAAUGAACAGAGCUCAAGAUUGAACUGAGCAAAACACUCCUAACCUGCUGGGCGGUGAACACAUCCAUCAUCUAAAGAUGCCUUUUGGGAAAUCAGCUCAUAGUUUUGUGUAAAAUCAACUUAGUUUCACUACUUUCAACAAUUCUACCCAGUUUAAUUUGAUCCAACAAAUCUUAUUUGAAUCACCAAUAACAUGACUUGCAUACACUCUGCUACUAGUGCAUGGCUUUUUUUAUUCAGCAGAUGAGUGUGCUUUACUUUCCUGUGGCCUCAAGACGAUCUUAGCAAAACCCUUCGAGCAAACAAACAAAUGUUCACUUCGUAGCAUUAUUACAUUGUACUGCACGACGAGCUCCAAGGACCUCAACGGUGCAAAAGCCAAGAAUUAUCACCUCUGGACGGUGCAGAUCGCGGUUAAAGUGAGCUGAAAGUUGACGCAGUAUCGGUGCUGAUGUAACACUGCAGCAAGCUGGUGUCAUGUUGUUGGAAUCGACUCCCAUUUUUCGUCACAAGAGUGAAACAUGCUGCAGGAAAUGCUCCUUAUAACAGCUCGUGGGAUCGAAAUGCUUCCGCCUAAAGAUGCCGUCAUGUAUGUUAUAACAAUGUGGUAAUACGUGAAGCAGCCUAAACUUCUCAGUAGGUCUUAUUCCCCAGUGCUGUUCCAUCUUUCACACACUCCACCAAGUAUCAAUAGACGGCUGGUCUGCUGCAUUAACACUCUGUACAUAAACCACAAAAAAACAACAGAAGAUAUUUUUGUUCUAUUGGUGUAAACGAAUUGUGAAUAAAGUCUAAUUGUCGAUGCAGUAUUGUAAUGCAA